CUGCUGAAUGAAGAAGAGAGGAGGGAGUAACGCUUUGAAUUCACAUGGCAAUUUACAUUUAGCGCAGGACACCCUAAACGCAACACUAAUAGGAAUGGUGGGUAGGGGUGGGGGCCCCCUGAUUCUGCUGCUACCGGGGACUGCUGCUACUGCUUUGAUUUAACUUAGAGGCCAACAACAAGCAGAGAGCAAGCAAAGGGGGGGAGACGUGGAGUCGCUUCAAGUAGGUUAAGGUGGCAGCUGUGAUUGAAGACCUAAAAUAAUAAGAUGACAGGAUAGCAGAGCAGCAUUUGUCACCCAGACUUGAGCUGAACAGAAGCUACCAUGACAUGUAGUUAAGCAGAAGAGGUACUGCAGCUCUGGACCAAACGUAGCUGAUGUGUCUCCCAGUAGAGGAUCUUUCUAAACACAAGACAAAGAAGCUUAACCUUCUCUACUCUGACAAUCAAGGACCUGUAAGGACUCAGGUGGACCUAAAGAGAUGGAGGGCUACUAGUAAACCCGGUGUCUGCUUUUCAUUGCUUCCGUUUGGAGUAAGAGAGGAACUGCAGGCGAGCCGUGCUACUGGACCGAGCGGGGGAAUCGAACUCAUAGAGCAAAACUGAAGCCAAAGCCAGGAGUCGGCAAUGAUCCUUUCAUAACCUGAUGAACAGCGCAGAUAUGGUGAGGAAGAAGAAUCCCCCUAUCCGGAGUGUGGGAGGUGAGGAGGAGGAGGAAGAAGAGGGGACAAAGCCAACAGGAGAGGAAGAAGAUGAAGGAGAUGAGGAGGAGAGAGUUGCAGCGGAAGCAGAUCGGAUAAACCGACCCUCUGAACCGGAGUCUUCUGAACGGAUCAGAGGGAACGGGGAGCAUGCGGAGGAGGAGGAGGCAGAGAGUGUUUGCAUCUCCUCUCUUGGGGAGCUCUACCUUAACAAGCAGCAAGGGGGGAGGACUGCAGGCGGAGGGGCGAGGGCAAAACAAGUAUUAGCCGCACUAUGUGAGAGACCUGAGAGCCAGUCGGAUGCAGAGGACGGUGAGAGGGUAGUAGAAGGGGGCGACACUGACCACCUAACCCCGCCUCUCUCCUCAGCACCUCGGCUCCUAUCCAGGCAGGAAGGGAGGGAGGAGUCGACAAACGACACCCCCCCACUCCCAUCAAGCCCUUCUCCCAAACUCCAGGACUUUAAGUGCAAUGUGUGUGGUUAUAGCUACUAUGGCAACGACCCCGCUGACCUGGUGAAGCACUUUAGGAAGUAUCACCUGGGUCUGCACAAUCGCACACGGCAGGAUGCAGCGCUGGACACCCAAAUCCUGGCGCUCCACAACAUGGCCCCCCAACAUACAAACUUAGAUUUGCAAACAGGACAGGGGCAGAGAAGUCAAACCAAAGAAUUUGGAAAAACAAGAGCAGAACCACAGAAUCCGCUGCAGAGGACAGUUAUGAUGAACGGAACGUACGACGUUCAGGUGAUGUUGUGUGGCACAUUAAUUGGGAUUGGCCGCAAGACAUCCGACUGCCAAGGAAACACUAAGUACUUCCGCUGCAAAUUCUGCAACUUUACGUACAUGGGCAGUAAUUCCUUGGAACUUGAGCAACACUUUUUGUCCCUGCAUCCCAACAAAGUCAAAUCACCCCCAUCCACACCCCUGCUGGCCGCAAAUAACCUGCCGACGAGCGACAGCCAGCUGAAAGGGAGGAGUGUGGUUUUAGAUGGUAUGGAGCGGGUGGCUGUGCGGGGUAAAGACGACUCCGUGGUUGGGUACUUCGUCCCGGUCAGGGAGGGUUCUGACGCGUCCAGUUGGACGGGGGAGGCUGCUCGGGGAGCUGUACAGGCAGCUUAUUGGUGUAAACUCUGCAGCUGGAAGUGCGAGUGGUCAGAGGGUUCCACAAAGCUUUUAGAGCACUUUGAACAAAGACAUAGAGUCGCUUCUGGUGGUGCUAUAAGCCCUAAUAGCUCCGGUCAUGCUGGGAUGGACAGAGAGAGGGAGAGAGGAGGAAGAAGAGACAGAGGAGAGCAAGAUCACAUGGUAUCCAAAAGCUGCAAAGAUCACUUCACCACCAGCCAAGGUAACGAAAGAGGGGACCCAAAAAGUGCUGAUUCAGAAGCUGUGGUGACCAGCUAUAACUGUCAGUUGUGUGAUUUCCGUUACUCAAUGGCCCACAGUGCAGACGUGAUCAUCGUAGCUCCGCUGCUGCUGCACUACCAGCACAACCACUCCAUCCACCGCUGUUGUAUUCAGCACUGCAUCUAUUGUCCUCGGGGGCUCUGCCAGCCCCAGAAACACCUGGGAGAGGUAUCCCACCCAUUUGCCUGUCGGAAGCCAACCUGCCCUAAAUGCUGUUCAAAGUUUCCUCAGCCCACCAAGCAGCAGGACCCCAUCGGUUCAAAACCUACUGCUGCCACCUCACCCAGCGUGACCCCUCCUAACCCAAGAGGCGACCCCAGUGUGAUUUCUAGUUCCACCUUUCACCCUUCUAACCCUGCACAUCCUGUUGUUGCACAAGGUGUCACUCACUUGUGCGACCAAUGUGCGUUUGUGACCACCGACAUUGAUGUGUUGUUGCAACACUAUGAGAGCUUUCACAACCUGAUCAACCUAAAGGGGGCACCUCCGCAAGUCAAGGCUGAGGAGGAGGCUGGGGGAGAUAAGGAAGGAGGGAGAGGAGGAGCAGUAGAGAUUGAGCACACUUGUACAAAGUGUAACUUUGCCACACAAGUGGAAGAAGAGCUUUUUCGACACUACAGGCGUGUCCACGCUUGUUGCCGCUGCCGACACUGCGACUUCACGGCUCCUGAUUCAUCAGCCCUCCUUGACCAUUUUAAUUCUGCCCAUUGCCAAGACUCCUCUCAAUCGUUAAGCUCUCUGCCCACCUCAGUGACACCUUCUCUGGUGCCCUCAGCCAAUGGCUGCUCAGCUCCCUCUACUUUAGCAAUUAAAGAGGAGAGCAAGGGGGACCUACGCCUCCUCUACUCUCUAGCUCCACCUGAAGGACGGCUGGCAGAGGGAGGCAAGGAGGAUGGUGCCAGUAUGGUAAAGAGUGAGGGAGCAGAGGAGAAAGAGCGGGAGAGGGGCUGGGUUCUUGGGGAGACGAGAGGACCGGGUGAAAGAGGAGGUGAACAAGCCCAUGGAUUACUCUGGGUACCCAAGGAGCGGAUGGGGCCUGAAAGAGGAGGAGGAGGUGGGAGCCCCUCUCUUUUCCCCUCCCCGCUCUCCGUCUCUUUCGUUUCAGCCAAUCACGAAGGCUCGCAGCAGAAGAGGGGCGUAGCCUUGCCUGGCAUGGUUUACCUGGGAGACACCAAGACAUUUUUGGGAGAUUCCAAGUCAUUUUUGGGAGGAGGGAGACCAGGAGGAGCUACAGCAGGUGGAGGAGGAGGCGGAGGAGGAGUAGGGGAGAAGCAGAACCAGAUGCCUUCACAGCCAUAUCCAGGUGGCGGAGGAGGGAGUGGAGGGGCAGGAGCACAAGAGGGGAAAGGCGGUUCCACAAAAGAAGAAUCCCAGUCACUGCUAAGACGACGCAGAGGUAGUGGGGUUUUCUGUGCAAACUGUCUCACCACCAAGACGUCCUUGUGGAGGAAAAAUGCUAACGGAGGCUACGUCUGCAACGCAUGUGGGUUAUACCAAAAGCUACAUUCGACUCCCAGGCCGCUGAACAUCAUCAAGCAGAACAACGGUGAGCAAAUCAUCCGCCGGCGAACCCGAAAACGGCUCAAUCCAGAUACGUUGUCGUCCGACAAUCCGGCCCCUAAGCAGCAGCGAAUCACCAGUGAGGAGCGCCUGAAUGGUGAGGAGUCUGAGAGCAAGCUGCCCAUCAGCGAAAACCCAGCAGCCUUCCCCGCGCUCUCGGUCCCACGGUCAACUCAAGCCUUCUUAGCCAAUCAGACGCUGGAGAUCCAUAGGCGCAUGCCUCCUCUCCUCCUUCCAUCUCAUCCUGCAUCAAGCAUAGUGGCUGAGAGCAAUGGUGGAAUUGCAGAUGGUGGAUUAACGUCAAAACUAGAUGUUGGGAAAGGUGGAGGAUCAGAGAGAGGAAGUCCAAUUGAAAAGUACAUGCGUCCAUCUAAACCCUCUAGUUACUCACCUCCAGGUUCGCCGAUUGAAAAAUAUCAAUAUCCCCUUUUCCCAUUAGCUCUGCCUUUGACCCUGUCACCUGAUUUGACACCUGAAUCUGAUUGGCUCAGAUUCUGGACUAAGUAUAAGAUGGCAGCCACCUCUGGGGUUCCUAGUACCAUCAGUAAUCUAAACAGCCCCAGUGGGCUUGGAAACAGCACCCACCAACUUGGAACCAUGGUCACCCCUGUACAGUAUCACCAGCCAGGAUACACAGUGCCUUACUGUGCGUCCCCUUACUCUCCUCUCCCACCACAUCCAGUUCCCGCUCACUACCCCCCUCCUCCUCAUCAUACCCAAACCUCAUCUUCGGCUUCACCUGAAAACGACGCUCCUUUGGAUCUUGCAAUAAAAAGAGAUUUGAGCAGCACAAACACCCACAUGCCAGAGGGUCCUGAAAGGAAAACACAGGAGUCCCCCCAGAGUGAGACAUCAGCUGGAAACUGGAGAGGCGAGAAGGAAGAUGAAGAGAUGUCAGAGGAAGGAAAACGUAAGUCAAGCAAUGCGCCUAACUGCUCGAAAGUCGAUGCAGCCACACAGGAUGACCUUGCCAACCGCUGUGCCCAUUGCGGCAUCUACUUUGUGGACGAAGUCAUGUAUGCCCUGCACAUGAGCUGCCAUGGUGAGAAGGAGCCUUACCAAUGUGCGUUUUGCCUCCACGUGUGCACGGACCGCUAUGACUUCACCACGCACAUACAGAGGGGUUUGCAUAAAACGCUUCCACUGCCUCAGCAGAAAUGUACCAUACCAGAGGGUGAACCUCUCCAUGGAACGGCAGCACCAGAGCUUGAAAGCCUGACGGUGGAGCAGGAAGAUGGAGGGAUCACAAAUGAAGAGGAUGAGGUCUUGAAAACAGGUCAUGACGACCAAAAAAAGCAAGACUCGAAUAUUAAAAGUAUACCAGAGGCUGAAAAAGAGCAAAAAAGAAGUAAAGAAUUAGGUGGGACAGCAGAGUCCACAGAGUUCACAACUAUGGGGACUAAGAUGUUAGACGGACUCGCCGAUGGAAAUUAAAUAUCUCUCACAAACUUUAAUAACCUGUUAUUGGAGUAUUAGGCUUUAUGUUCCUGGAGGUUUGGCCAUUUCCUAAUGGAAAUACCUUCAAAAGAGCCCUCCCACUGUCAAAGACUAGGAGAAAUUAUUGCAGGACCCAGGUGAACUACAGACGGAGCUGUAGGAAAAAAGCAGCCUGAAAGCUUUCCUGAGCUAUGGCUUACCUGACAGCUUUGUGGCAGGAAGUCAACAGGGUGCUGGCAUCCAGCUGCAAUCAACUCUCAGAAACGGCCAAUCUUUGUGCAUUCAUAUGGGAGGAUUAACGCCUGGGCUAAGAAAGACAUGAAACAAUGAGAGAAGAAGUACUGUAUAACACUUGAACUUUGCUGCAUUCAGCAUUUCAUUCAGAACAACCAGACGUGAUCUGGUUAGAACUGCUGUGCUCUUGCCCAGAACAUUUUUAUUCUCCCUAUCAGAUGGAUCAAAAACCAAAAAGAGACACUUUAAGGUGUUUUCAAACUAUUUUUGCUUGAAACCAGCUAGGGCUUGUUUGCAUAUCUGUUGGUACGAAAUAGAUCGGUUCCUUUAACUUUAUCAUGUGCUGUUUAUCAAACUGGUCCUGGAUCGAUGCUAAAUCUACAUGGUGGCUGAAGACUAGAGCUAACCCUUUCUGAAACUGCUUGAAUCCAGGUCAAACUGAUAAAGCUGGUCUAAAGUGUUCUUUUCAUCAUUUGGAUGAAAAAAAAACAACAACAAAAAAACUAAAGACUUUAUUUUUUACCUUUCUCUGUGC